CAAUAGGCUGCUUCACUUGCUCCAGCACAGUCUUCCCUUCAGGCAAAAUGAAAAUCCUUGUGGCAUUUCUGGUGGCGCUGGCCAGCUUUGGGACACAAUUGCAUGGAUCCGAGGUUUUUAACCUCUUCAGCCCAAGCAGCAAUGGCGGUCAUGUGCAGCAGACAGUGGAAGUUGACAAUGAAAAAAAUAUCGCAACUGUUAACAUCCAUGCGGGGUCAUGCUCUUCUACCACGGUUUUUGACUAUAAACAUGGAUACAUCGCAUCCAGAGUGCUUUCCCAGAAAGCCUGCUACAUUAUAAAGAUGGACCAUCAGCCCAUCCCUGCUCUGGACACACUCCAACGGUACAUCUAUGAGAGGCAGACUUUGAACACCAUGGCCUCUGACAAGUACACCUGGGUUAGGUACAACCCGCUGAAGUCUCUGAUCACCAAAGUGGACUGGUUCCUGUUCGGGUCACCUAUCGAGAACCUCUGCAAGCACAUCCCUUUGUAUGAGGGGAAAGUGGUUGAAAAGUCACAUGAUGUUGGUGCUGGAGGCUGUGCAAAGGCUGGGCUCCUGGGCAUCUUGGGAAUUUCCAUCUGUGCAGAUUUUCACAUUUAGGAUGAUGGUCAGCCUACUGGUUUCAUUUUUUUUUUUUAAAUAUAUACCUUUGGCUUCCAUUGAGAAGCCAGAUUAAA